AGCAGCCUCAUUUGCUGAUUUCCGUGUCUUUACAUUCUAUCGCAAAGAUGCUGCGCCAAAUAAAACCCCGCACUGCCCGCUCAAAAAGGGCCUUGGAGAAGAGGGCGCCAAAGGCCGUCGAGAACCCCAAGACUGCGCUGUUCCUGCGAGGCACUACCUGCAGCCAAAUUGCUCAAGAUGCUCUGGCAGAUCUCUACUCCUUGAGACAAGUACACGCCAAGCGCUUCCACAAGAAGAACCCAGUCCACCCCUUUGAAGAUGCCAGCUCUCUGGCCUUCUUCUCAGAAAAGAACGACUGCAGCCUGCUGCUCUUCGCCAGCAGCAGCAAGAAGCGGCCACAUACCAUCACCUUUGUGCGCACCUUUGACUACAAGAUCCUCGACAUGCUCGAGUUCUACCUCGACGCCGAGACCUUCCGACGCAUCUCCCAGUUCAAGACAGAAAAGGUGCCCGUGGGUACACGGCCGCUGAUGGUGUUUGCCGGGACAGCUUUCGAAUCCCCCGUGCCAAACGCCUUCACAAUGGCCAAAUCAAUGCUGCUAGACUUCUUCCGGGGCGAGACAUCCGACAAGAUCGACGUCGAAGGCCUGCGGUACGUGGUCGUUGUGACGGCCGACGAGCCGACCUCCUCCACCUCCGAAUCAACCACGACCACAAACACAAACAGCAACAGCAACAACAACAACAACGACCCAUCAUCCAAACCCGUGCUGCGCCUACGCGUCUACACGAUUCGCACCAAGCGGUCCGGCCACCGGCUGCCGCGCGUGGAGCUCGAGGAGCACGGCCCGCGCAUGGACUUCCGACUGGGACGGAUGCAGGAACCGGACGCGGCCAUGCUCAAGGAGGCGAUGCGACAAGCCAAGACCCCCGGUGAGGCGCGCACCAAGAAGAACAUCUCGACCGACGUCAUGGGCGACAAGAUUGGCCGCAUCCACAUGGGCAAGCUCGACCUGAGCCAGCUGCAGACACGCAAGAUGAAGGGUCUGAAGCGGCAGCGGGACCAGGCGCUGGAUGAGGGGGAUGACGAUGAGGAGACGGUUGUGGACGAGGAGCCGAAACGGAAGAGGAAAGUGACAUCUUGAGAGGUAGGGGGAAUUGUUGUGGUGGGUUUUUAGGGGGGUUUGAUUUCUGUGUUGUUCCAUCUCCGGGCGUCAAGGCAGGCAUUGGAAUAGUCAGAGGAACGGAAAACGGCGUCCUGAUUUUGGUGCGGUUGCUUCUAGCGGGUGAAUAUAAAUCAAGGUUUAUUGCUCCCAUAUACUUCCAAGCGCCUUCUUGUAUCCAACGACGCCAUGUCCUCCAGAUGUCCAACCAUCAUAUCCAAGCGUCAGGGGUAUUUACCCCUCUUGGGUGAUAUACC